GCACACAGCCAACAGGAAUAAGAAGAUCCGUGCAAUCCAGAAGAGAUCAUGCUUUUUCGAGAUCUGAUCCAGAGCCGCAGGUUACUCUCACGAUUGUAGAUGAACUCUAAUGUCUUCUGCCUCAUCACCAAUUCUUUCAACUUCUAUGCUUAUCUGACAGGAACGCUUUUUCUUUUCCGUCAUUCAAGUCGUGAUCAGGUACUAGAUUGCAGUUCACCAUUCUAGCUUAGCUCAUACUAGAGCCACAGCUGCACAGUUCUUGCACCUUCCAUCAGACAUCUUUCUACAUCGACCUCCCUCGUAGUGUACUUUUAUAAUCCUUCCACCACCACGACACCACACUAGACUCAACAAAAUGGCGCAAGUUAACCCUCAGUUCGCUCAGAUUGGUGAGCAGUUCGUUCAGCAUUUCUACAACACCUUCGAUACCAACCGAAUGGGCUUGACGCAGCUCUAUACUAACGACUCCAUGCUCACCUUCGAAGGAGAGGCGUUUCAGGGACAGCAAAAGAUAAUGGAGAAACUCAACAACCUGAAAUUCUCAAAGAUUGCGCACAAGUUGACGAAGGUAUCUAUACUAAUUAUUAUGAGGUUGUUGUUGUUGAUACUUGAUCUCAAACGAGGUCCUGGUUGACUCAACUUAUAGAUACUCAAAUGAUGAUUUCCAAAUUUUCACUACAACAAGAAAAUCAAAGUUCCUUGCAACAUUCCAACCAGGUCGACUGCCAGCCAAACCCUUUCAACAACGGAGUAAUGAUCUUCGUGACGGGCGACUUGAAGGUAGAUGAGGAUGACAACGUACUCAAAUUUGCAGAGGUCUUUCACCUAGUGCCACAUGGUGGCUCCUUCAUCAUCAUCAACGACAUGUUCCGAUUGAACAUCGGUUAAAGGGAACGCAGUAGGAGGUAGUAGUGCUAACGGAGAUGAUGGUGGAAAUAGUACUACAAGUAUCUUGAUCUUCUUUAUAGGGUUGGGGACAAUCGAAGCCUAAUACUGCCGCGGUCGAAAAUAGCGAGCAUUGGAGGACGAUUGGACCAUAGGAACUACGACGACACAAAAAUCAGAUUAAUGCACAUCAUCUCCUACCAAAUAUGAGGUGGCGAUAGGAGUACGCAGCACGACGACCUUCGAUACUUCUAAAUUCUCUCUAUAUUAGACAUCAUUUUUUAGUGGUUAAACAUUGUUGCACGCCUAUUCAACAUUGAAUUUCUAUUUCACUCAACGAAUACUUCUCUCUCAACUCCAGCUCAACAGGAGACACAACAGAACUCAAACUCUGAAACGAGGUAAAUAUUUCAAAUCUUUCUCAACACCUCUAUGAUUUUUCAUAGCUUCGACCCGACUACAAACCACGCAUCUUUUUAGACGUGCGG